AUGACGAGAAAGCAAAUGAUUAUGGAAAAUGACUCUUCAGUGUCUGAGUUCAUUCUUAUGGGUCUGACAGACCAACCUGAACUCCAGCUGCCCUUAUUUGCUCUGUUCUUGGUGAAUUACACAGCCACUGUGAUGGGAAACUUGAGCUUAAUGAGUCACAUUUUCUUGAAUUCAAACCUUCACACCCCCAUGUACUUUUUUAUCUUUAAUCUCUCCUUCAUUGAUUUCUGUUAUUCAUUUGUCUUUACCCCCAAAAUGCUGAUGAGCUUUGUUUUAAAGAAGAACACUAUUUCCUUCAGAGGAUGCAUAACUCAGCUGUUUUUCUUCUGCUUUUUUGUGAGCUCAGAGUGUUAUGUGUUGACAGUCAUGGCCUAUGAUCGCUAUGUGGCCAUUUGUCAGCCACUAUUGUACAAGGCUAUUAUGUCUCCUGAGAUAUGUUUUACAUUGAUGUUUGGUUCUUACAUAACAGGGUUUGGUGGGGCCAUGGCUCACACAGGGUGCAUGCUCAGGCUCAGGCUUUGUGAUUCUAACAUCAUCAACCACUACAUGUGUUGA